AUGAAGGAGCAAUCUACAGCAGCAGCAGCAGCAGCAAACGAAGUAGCAAUCAACAUCAAAAAUAUUGAUGAGGAUCUUGCUUACAUAUUCAAUGGGAAUAGAUUAUCAACUCGAUUAAGCCACCAACAACUAAAACUGCCCAACAUACCAAAAGUUCCGAAGAUGCUUCGUAAUCUUGAGAAGAACAAAGGUUGCUUUGAUCCUCAUGUGGUUUCCAUAGGUCCUUAUCACCAUGGGAAAGAUCACCUUAAAGAAGUUGAGAAACUCAAGGCUGAACUGGCAAGGCAGUAUUGUGGCCGUUUUGAUGGACUCCGGGGUUGUGAUUUAUAUGAGAAAGUCAAAGUCGUGGCCGGUGAAGCAAGGAGAUUCUAUGACAUUGAACCCUCGAAAGGAGUCAAUGACGAUCAGGCAUUUACAAAAAUGAUGUUUCUUGACGGUUGCUUCAUUCUACAGUUCAUGUGGCUGCUAGUGAAAGGAGAGUAUCACGCUAUGGGGAUGAAAAAUAAUGUGAUAGCUAAUGUCAAGCGAGACAUGUUCUUAUUAGAGAACCAACUCCCUUACAUUGUCCUCAGGGCGUUAAUGAAGGACGAAGAGGAUGAAAAAUGUUGGAAGAAAAGGAUUGAAACAUACAUCACUAUCUGUCGAAGACUUCAUCCUGAAGUCAAACCACGGUGGUUUACUAGUCCUUUUAGGUCAUCACCAGAAGAAAAAUAUAUUCUCCAUCUUCUGGACAUGACGAGAGAAAGAUUUGUGAACCAAAGUGCUACCAUCCAGUGCAGAAAAACUCAAAUAUCAGACACCAAUCAGAUCAGAAGCUGCUCCAAUGAGUGGUACUCUUAUUAUUCAGCCAGGGUGCUCAAUUCUAUGGGAAUCUGGUUCAAACCCAACAAAACAGGUAGUUUUAGCGAUGUCAAGUUUGAAUCUCAACUGUUCAUUAGGGGAGUGCUCACACUUCCUCCAAUACUAAUAGAUGCCUCCACUAAAUCGGUGCUGCUCAACUUGUUGGCUUUCGAAUCGAGCCAUAACAACUCGGCCGAUGAGCAGGGUGUCACCUCUUAUAUGUGCUUCAUGGACUCAAUCAUUGACAAUGCUGAAGAUGUGAUGAUCCUAAGGACCCAGAACGUCAUCGUCAAUUGCUUGGGAACCGACCAACAGGUUGCAGAUCUCUUUAACGACAUAGCGAGCAAUUUGGUCCCAAAUCCUCAUACUUAUGCUGAAGCUAAGCGUGGAAUUCAAAAGCAUUGCAAUACCAGGUUCAAGAAAUGGAUGGCAGAAUUUCUCCACAUCCAUUUCAAAAGCCCUUGGACGCUUAUUGCAUUAUUUGGUUCCCUUUUACUUAUCACGCUCACUGCCGUUCAGACUUAUUUUGCAGCAAAGCCAUCCUAA